AUGUUAGCUACAAUUCUAAUUGCCAUUCUAAUUGGAAUUUCGGCAUAUUGCCUAUGGCAUUUAAAUAAAAAUUAUGCGUUGGCCUCUUGGACGCGUAAAAUUAAAACCAUCGAUGGUACACCGGUCGAAAGUAAAGCGGCCGUUGUUGGUGGCUUUUGGGGUAGUAAUUUUGAUUUGUUAUCAAUGAAUUUGGAGGAAUUCUUUGACUAUUCGCGUAUAUUUGCCGAGAACCUCAAACGUAAUUAUAUUCAAUAUUUCCUAUUGACACCGGUUUAUAAUAUUAUUGAUGCUGAGAGCGCCGAACUAGUCUUGAAUGAUUCACGUCUAUUGGCAAAGGGUGUUGUUUAUGAAUUUUUACAUCCAUUUUUAAAAACUGGUCUAUUGACAAGCACCGGCAAGAAAUGGUAUACCCGUCGCCGCCUUUUGACUCCGACAUUCCAUUUCAAUAUUUUACAGCAUUUUAUGGAUACCUUUAAACAUGAAUCAAAGUGUUUUGUGGAUAAUCUUAAAACACUUUUAGAAUCAGGCAAUUCGACGGGGGAGGUGUCACUGAGUGAUGUUAUACCUCGAUUUACACUCAACAAUAUAUGUGAAACUGCAUUGGGUGUACGACUCGAUGAACGUUUGGAUGGCGAUGAAUAUCGCGAACACAUUUCAAAAGUUGAGGAAAUGUUGGUGGAACGUCUCAAGAAUCCUUUAAAUACUUUUGAUUUUAUUUACAAUAACUUUAGUGAUGGUAAACGAUAUUUAAAAGCAAUGGAAAAACUACACGCAUUUUCCAGUGGCAUUAUUGAAAAACGACGAGAACUCUUGGGCGAUGAAUUACAAAAGAUGAACGAGAAUGCUGAACAGGAUCUAGAGGCUAACAUUUAUCGCAAACAACGUUAUGCCAUGCUGGAUAGUUUGUUGCGCGCCGAAAAACAGGGCCUUAUCGAUCAUGCUGGUAUUUGUGAAGAAGUUGACACCUUUAUGUUUGAGGGAUUCGAUACAACAUCAAUGCAUUUAAUAUUUGUUCUAAUGAAUUUCGCUUUAUAUCCGGAAAUGCAAGAGAAAUGUUAUCGGGAAAUCAUCGAGAAUAUUAGCGGUGAUUUAUCAACCGUAGAUAUGUCCGAGCUAAGUAAUCUUAAAUAUUUGGAUUGUUUUAUAAAAGAAACUCAACGUUUGUAUCCCUCCGUGCCGAUUAUAAUACGUGAAACUAUCUCGGAUAUUGUUUUUGCUGAUCAGUUACUAUUCCCCAAAAAUACACAAAUAAAUAUACACAUCUAUGAUAUACAUCGUAAUCCAAAAUAUUAUAAAGAUCCCAAUGCGUUUCGACCGGAAAGAUUUUUCAGCACCGAAGCAGAGCAGAGGCAUCCGUUUGCGUUUAUACCAUUUAGUGCUGGACAAAGGAAUUGUAUUGGACAAAAAUUCGCUAUGCUGGAAAUUAAAACAUUAUUGGUACAUAUCUUGAAAAAUUUCCGCUUGGAACCCAUUACAACACCGGAAUCGUUUCGUUUCUCGGCUGGUCUUUUAUUACGUACAAAUGACAAAGUUAAAAUUAAAAUAAAGAAGAGGGAAACAUUGUAA